AUGCAGGCUUUCCAUCACCAGGUGGUGCUGUGCUCCUUGAAGCCCUUCUUGCCAGGCGGGGACUAUCACCUCUAUCUCCCUUUUCCAGAGGCGACGUCCCGGGAGUUGGAGAGCAAGUGCCGCGCGCUGGAGUCCCAGCUGGCGGAGCGGUCUGCGGCCAACGCCGAGCUGAGGCGGGAGGUGGCGCAGCGCGAGGCGCUGGUGUCCGCGCUGCGCUGCAGCCUGCGCGCUGAGGAGCGCCGCUUCCUGGAGGAGCUGCGUCGCCGCAGCCACCGCGCCACUGUGCUGGGCACCGAGCUGCAGAAGCACACUGAGGCGGCCGCCUACCUCUCCUGCCAGCUGCAUGCCGCGCGCCAGAGACUGCAGACACCGCGCCCGGGCCCCGUCGCUGCGGCCGCCGCCGAGUCCCGGCCCCGCCGGCGCGCUCAACGGGCCCGCCGCCAGCCCGCUGCAGAGGCCGCCUCCAAGGGCCCGGGUCGAGACUGGGCCUCCUGGGACCGCGCGGCAGGCGCUCUGGACGACGUCGACCCCAUGCCCGACCCCGCGCUCUUCCUCUACGCCCGGAAGCCCCCGCGGCCCAGCGGCCGCAGCCCCCGCCAGCCGCCUCCCCAGGAGCCCCCGGACCAAACCGACCCACCGGCUGCACCCAGCCCGCCCAGUGCGCCCGGGGCCCCGGAGUAGGCACAGGGCUGGCGGGGUGGAGAGUAGGGGAGGCCGGUCCCCGGCUAGGGACGCAGCCCGGGCCACACAUGCAGAUCCCAGGGGCCGAGGGAGCCGGCCGCUCCUCCAGAGAGAGAGGGCAGAGGCGGCCCCGGCUCCUCCAUCCGUUCCAACCGCCCCCGCCUUUUGUAUUUCCCAACUUCUCCGACGCUUCGAGCUCUCCGCUCCCGCGAAGGCGCUCCUCCGCGAGGCUCGGCGAGUGCACCAUUUUUGUAGAGGACUAGCAGUACUGAUCCUUAUCUGGUUCCCACCUUGCCACUGGGAGGGGAGGGUGUGGGGGUCACGCCAUACCCCGAGAAAGCUGACAAUCUUUUGGCGGGAGGGGAAAGGCUGGGCUGGCCUAUAGAAAGGAACCAGAGUGGCACUUAGCACCCCUAGGCCUUCCAACCCGUCCCCAUCCCGCGACCUCCCCCAGCCCCGCACGGCUGCUCUUCCUGCCAACGUUUCCUCCAAGGAGAGGCUCGGGUUCAGGGGCUAGAGGCUGGACCUUUUCCUCGGAAGCCGCUUCUCCUCCCUCUACCCCGCAGAUAGGUCCUUACAGGUGAGCACCUAACACUUUAGAAGACACUUCCUCCCAGAGACCCUGGUGGGAAAUGUGUGUCCUGAUGGAAAGUUGAACUUAAGGAAGGUAGGUAGCACCCACAAACCCUUAGAGAGGAUUACAGGAGGGUUUGGUGGCAGAGCCUGGUCUAGAGCUGUCUUCUGCUCGGUUCAUCCACAGGACGCCAAAUGAGAGAUUUAGACUGGGCGCUGUGUUGGGGAGUGAGGGAACGCUGGCAAGUUGGCUGCCCUGUCAGGCCUAUGGAGGAGCAGAAACUGCCUUCAGGAGGUAGCUGGGAACCUGAAAGUGCCCUGGGAGUUUCCUAGUCCUGUUUAUUGGUGCUAAUUUUGCCCAGCUUCCUAACGAGCUGGGUGCACCCAGAGGCUGGAAGAAAGGCCCAGUUUCUUGGAAGUGGAAGUUGUUGAUAGAGCUCUGUCUGACGGUGGGGUGCUCAGUGCCCUUCUGUCUAGGUUGGGGAGUGGCGAAAUGCGAAGUGGAAUGCCCCACCUCCUAACUGCAUUUCUCUCCAGCUCCUCUCUCAUGACCAAAGGCAGUUCCAGUCCAGCUCAUUGCCUUCACCCCACCCCAAGCUCAGCCUCAAAAGAAAGACAAACCCAUAGAACCUCCACCCUGCCCACCCCCAUGCCAUCCCUCCUCUGUUGGUCCCGCAUCGAGUCCUAAGUGCCUGUGAGGUCUUCCAGGGGCUGCAGAGGGAGGACAUGGGGCAGGGAGAGGUCUUUACCUCACUCGCAAAUAGCCCAUCCUGGCAGGUCCUGACCCUGGUUGAGGCUGAGCUUUCUGUGUGUCACCCAGGGAUCCAUGAGGUGAGCAGAGCCAAUCACUAGGGGUGAUGAACCCUUCUCCCAUCACAGCCCCGAUGAAGAAGAGGGGGAGAAAUCCCCAAUCAUACCUUAUUUCGCUGUAUGUUAGAGGGAGCAGGAAAUAGCACAUUCCCAGUCCACAAAUGCAGUCCCCUUCCCAAGCCUGUGACACUCAGGACUGCUGAGGCCUCUGAGCAAUAACCAGCCUGAUCUAGGUGUCCAGCUACUGGGACGCAGAGGCCAAGGUGUGGGCACCCUUGGGAUAGACAGUGCUCUCCAGUCUAACUUGGGCCACAGGAGUGGCCUAGGGGCCUUGCUCUGCCUGCCCCCAUCCCUAACCCCUGCCCCUGCCAGUCUCUGUGGUUGUGCCUCUGCUCUCUCUCUUCCCUCAAGUGUGGGUGACUCACCGUACCCUCACUCUGUCACUUCCCUUUCAGAGCAUGUCUAUAUGAGGAGGCCUCUCUCCUCUCUUGGCUGCACUCACUUGAAGGGGGCCAGAGGAUUGUGGGAAGGAGGGAAAGGGUACCUUUCUGGAGGUGCCUAUCCAGACCCUCAUCUCCCAUAACCACACUUUUGGGGUGAACAGGGUGACUUUGUUACGUCGAUUCUUCUACAGAGAUGAUAAAGUACUUUAUCUACCCACCUACCCAUCCACUAAAAGCCAUAGCUAUGCCCUCCUGGCCUACCCCCCAGCUCUAUAGCAAUAGCCUUCUUCCCCCUUUCCUUCUGAACCCAAGAUGUCUGCUGGGGACCCCUACCAUAUCCCAACCCCAGGGAUCCUCAGGUGACCUACCUGUCUCUCCCCAAGUGACCCCCAUCAGCACCUCCCAACUCCUGUCUCGCUUCCAACAACCAGUGAUAAUGACACUUAAUUGUUUGUGGAGUGCUUGGAGAUCCCUCAGAUGAAAGGUUCUGAGUGCUGGGGCGGUUGACUAGACUCAGCUGAGGUGUUGGGGGUGCCUGGGAAAGGAAAUAAGGCAACCCUCCCUGCCCUACUAGGGGAGGGGCAGAGGCAGAUGCAAGGCUUCCAAUUUUAACAGACAUUCCCCUUCCCCAUCUCUCACCUGGAAAUCAUGGACUAGAGACUUCCCUCCACCUCCCUGCCCUGGGGGUUGGAACAGAACCCUAAGGGCAGAAGAAUGGGACUUGGAGUCAGUGACCUGGGCUUGGCCUCAGGCGUCCAAAACUCAGCCUCGGGGCCUGGGGAAGUCCCUGCCCCCUACCCUAGCCUGGGGAACCCAUCCUCCCUCAAGCCCCUGGAACACCUAGGUGACCAGAAGGGAAAGGAUUGUUCCUCCUCCCCCCUUCUCUGCUGCAGGGAUCCCCAUUGGGAGAGGGGCAUGGCGACAUGGACAGUCAGGGGCCCUUGUUGGAGCUCCAGCCUCACCCCAAAUGUGGACAGACCCAGGAAGGAGAGCUGAAGCUGGGGAUCCCUCCCUGAUCUGGAAACGAGCCAGGGAACCAGUGGGCAAUACAGCAUGAGGCUGUGUACCUCUGCCUCCCUCAUAUCCCACCCAGAGUGGCCUGCAGUUUGGGCGACCAGUCCAAGGCUGAAAUGGGGUAGCCCUUCCUCAAACAAGCAGCAGAAUGGGGGCCUCCUUUGUGGAGAGGAAGGAGGCCUAGUGGGAGUAGAGCAGUAUCUCCGCGCAGAGAGCCGGGGAUGGGUAAGCACCCGCUCACUGAGGUACCAGCCUUGAAUGGGGGACAUGCAGGGCAGGGCAGAAGCAUCCUGCUCCCAAUUCUCUGUUGGCUGUGCUUUUUAAUCCAAUGCUUUUCAGAGUGUAUUCACUCACCCACAGAAAUAGAGCCCUAUGCUUUAGGGGUGACUGUCAUAUGCCUUAUUCUUAAUAAAAUACCUG